CGCCGGGUCCCGCCCUUCAGCUGGAGCUCGCUGAUUGGUCGCUGGCGGCGCGGUUUCCAGGGUGACGAGAACGCCGCAGCCUUCUAAGCGAGGACCCGGAGCGCCUGCGCACUUGCUAGAUCGCGCGGCCGCUGGAGCCUGGAGAUGAAGCGUGUUUUCUCACUGCUAGACAAGGAUUGGCUUGGCGCACCAAUUCAGUUUUCUUGGCAAAAAACAUCAGGAAACUACCUUGCAGUAACAGGAGCUGAUCAUAUUGUGAAAAUCUUUGAUCGCCAUGGUCAAAAAAGAAGUGAAAUUAACUUGCCUGGUAACUGUGUUGCUAUGGAUUGGGAUAAAGAUGGAGAUAUCCUAGCAGUGAUUGCUGAGAAAUCUAGUUGGAUUUAUCUCUGGGAUGCCAACGCAAAUAAAACCAGCCAGUUAGACAGUGGCAUGAGGGAUCAAAUGUCUUUUCUUCUUUGGUCAAAAGUUGGAAGUUUCCUGGCUGUUGGGACUGUUAAAGGAAAUUUGCUCAUUUAUAAUCGUCAGACAUCUCGAAAGAUUCCUGUCCUUGGAAAACAUACUAAGAGAAUCACAUGUGGAUGUUGGAAUGCAGAAAAUCUGCUUGCUUUAGGUGGUGAAGAUAAAAUGAUCACAGUUAGUAACCAGGAAGGUGACACGAUAAGACAGACACCAGUGCGGUCAGAACCCAGCGACAUGCAGUUUUCCAUGAUGAAGACUGAUGACCGAAACUUUGCUGCCGAAAGCACAAUAAUUGGGGUGAUUGGCAAGAAAACUUUGUUUCUUCUUAAUCUGAGUGAGCCAGAAAACCCAGUGCACCUGGAAUUUCAGCAGUGCUAUGGCAACAUCGUCUGCUACAGUUGGUGUGGUGAUGGCUAUAUCAUGAUUGGUUUUUCCCGUGGAAUUUUUGUGGUCAUUUCUACUCACAUGCAAGAAAUUGGAAAAGAGGUAUUUCAGACUCGUGAACAUAAAGAUAGUCUAACCAGUAUCGCAGUAUCACAGACCCUCAACAAAGCUGCUACAUGUGGUGAUAACUGCAUUAAAAUCCAUGAAUUGUCAGAAUUAAAAGACAUGUAUGCCAUAAUCAACCUGGAUGAUGAAAAUAAAGGGUUGGGCACCUUGUCCUGGACAGAUGAUGGCCAGCUGCUGGCCUUGUCCACCCAAAGGGGUUCCCUCCAUGUUUUCCUCACCAAGCUCCCCAUCCUGGGGGACGCCUGCAGCACGAGGAUCGCGUAUCUCACCUCCCUCCUCGAGGUCACCGUCGCCAACCCCGUCGAAGGAGAGCUACCGAUCACCGUUGCCGUGGACGUGGAACCCAGCUUCGUGGCCGUCGGACUCUACCAUCUGGCUGUGGGGAUGAAUAACCGAGCUUGGUUUUAUGUCCUUGGAAAGAAUGCUGUUAAAAAAUUGAAAGAUAUGGAAUAUCUGGGGACGGUCACCAGCGUUUGCCUUCAUUCUGAUUAUGCUGCUGCGCUUUUUGAAGGCAAAGUCCAGUUACAUCUGAUAGAAAGUGAAAUCUUAGAUACUCAAGAAGAACGUGAAACUCGACUCUUCCCAGCAGUGGAUGAUAAGUGCCGUAUUUUAUGUCAUGCCUUAACUGCUGAUUUCCUCAUCUAUGGUACAGACACUGGUGUUAUUCAAUACUUCUACAUCGAAGACUGGCAAUUUGUUAAUGAUUAUCGACAUCCUGUUGGUGUGAAAAAGAUUUUUCCUGACCCAAAUGGGACUAGAUUAGUUUUCAUUGAUGAAAAAAGUGAUGGAUUUGUCUACUGUCCAGUUAAUGAUGCUACCUUUGAGAUUCCAGAUUUUUCGCCAACCAUUAAAGGUGUUCUUUGGGAAAACUGGCCAUUGGAUAAAGGUGUAUUUGUUGCUUAUGAUGAUGACAAGGUCUAUACCUAUGUCUUUCACAAGGACACUAUACAAGGAUCCAAGGUCAUUUUGGCUGGUGGCACCAAAGUUCCCUUCUCUCAUAAACCUUUGCUGUUAUAUAAUGGAGAGUUGACCUGCCAGACUCAGAGUGGGAAAAUAAACAACUUCUACCUGAGCACCCAUAGCUUCCUCGACAGCUUAAAAGAUGUGGGGCCUGAUGAGCUGAAACAAAUGCUGACGCAGAGUUUAAUGCUCAAAAGGUUUUCUGACGCGUGGGAAAUGUGCAGGGUUCUGAAGGAUCACGCUGCCUGGAAUGAGCUGGGCAGAGCCUGUCUCCAGCACAUGGAGGUGGAGUUCGCAAUCCGCGUCUAUCGGACAGUUGGAAAUGUCGGCAUGGUGAUGUCCUUAGAACAAAUAAAGGGCAUAGAGGACUACAAUCUCCUGGCCGGACACCUCGCCAUGUUUACCAACGAUUUCAACCUGGCUCAGGACCUGUACCUCGCGUCCAGCUGCCCUGUGGCGGCCCUAGAGAUGAGGAGGGAUUUACAGCAUUGGGACAGUGCUCUACAAUUGGCAAAGCGUUUAGCUCCAGACCAGAUACCAUUUAUAUCAAAAGAAUAUGCUAUUCAGCUUGAAUUCACGGGUGAUUAUGUAAAUGCUUUGGCUCAUUAUGAGAAAGGGAUAACAGGUGAUAAUAAGGAGCAUGAUGAAGUGUGUCUGGCCGGAGUGGCCCAGAUGUCCAUACGGAUGGGAGACAUCCGCCGAGGGGUUAACCAAGCCCUCAAGCACCCCAGCAGGGUCCUUAAAAGGGACUGUGGAGCCAUUCUGGAGAGUAUGAAGCAAUUUUCAGAAGCCGCCCAACUGUAUGAAAAAGGUCUCUACUAUGACAAAGCAGCGUCUGUUUACAUCCGCUGUAAGAACUGGGCAAAAGUUGGCGAGCUUCUCGCUCAUGUUUCUUCUCCCAAGAUUCACUUGCAGUAUGCCAAAGCGAAAGAAGCAGAUGGGAGGUACAAAGAAGCUAUUCUGGCUUAUGAGAAUGCCAAACAGUGGAACAGCGUGAUCCGCAUCUACCUGGAUCACCUCAACAAUCCCGAAAAGGCCGUCAGCAUCGUGAGAGAGACCCAGUCCCUGGAGGGAGCCAAAAUGGUAGCCAGGUUUUUCCUACAGUUAGGUGACUAUGGGUCUGCCAUCCAGUUUCUUGUUAUGUCCAAAUGUAAUAAUGAAGCUUUUACGCUGGCUCAGCAGCACAACAAAAUGGAAAUCUAUGCAGACAUUAUUGGUUCUGAAGACACUAGUAAUGAGGACUAUCAAAGCAUUGCCCUGUAUUUUGAAGGAGAAAAAAGACAUCUUCAGGCUGGAAAAUUCUUCUUGCUGUGUGGCCAGUAUUCACGGGCACUCAAACACUUCUUGAAGUGUCCAAACUCAGAAGACAACGUAGCAAUAGAAAUGGCGAUUGAAACCGUCGGUCAGGCAAAAGAUGAACUGCUGACCAAUCAGCUGAUAGACCACCUGAUGGGCGAGAGUGACGGCAUGCCCAAGGAUGCCAAGUACCUGUUCCGCUUGUACAUGGCCCUGAAACAAUACCAAGAUGCCGCCCGGACUGCCAUUGUCAUUGCCAGAGAAGAGCAGUCUGCAGGGAACUAUCGGAACGCACACGAUGUCCUCUUUGGCAUGUAUGCAGAACUUAAAUCCCAGAAGAUCAAAAUUCCCUCUGAGAUGGCCACCAACCUCAUGAUUCUGCACAGUUACAUACUCGUUAAGAUUCACGUUAAGAAUGGAGAUCAUAUGAAAGGAGCACGUAUGCUUAUUCGGGUGGCCAACAACAUUAGCAAAUUUCCGUCACACAUUGUGCCCAUCCUGACAUCAACUGUGAUCGAGUGCCACAGAGCAGGCCUGAAGAACUCUGCCUUCAGCUUUGCAGCUAUGUUGAUGAGACCUGAGUACCGCAACAAAAUAGAUGCCAAAUACAAAAAGAAGAUUGAAGCAAUGGUCAGGAGACCUGAUACAUCAGAAACAGAAGAAGCUACAACCCCAUGUCCAUUCUGUGCAUUUCUUCUCCCAGAGUGUGAACUCCUCUGUCCUGGAUGUAAAAAUAAUAUCCCGUAUUGCAUUGCAACCGGUCGACAUAUGUUGAAGGAUGAUUGGACGGUGUGUCCACAUUGCAACUUCCCUGCUCUAUACUCAGAACUGAAGAUCAUGUUGAACACUGAAAGCACAUGUCCUAUGUGUUCAGAGAGAUUAAACCUUAUUCAACUGAAAAAAAUCUCAGACUGUACCCAGUACCUGCGCACAGAGGUGGAGCAGUGAACAGGUGUGCAGACUAGAUAUUAUGUCCCUGAGAAGAAAGCAGGUUGAGUUCUAUGGAUUGAGACAUGGAUCAUCCCGGAUAAAUAUGACUGCUCCAGGUCACCACUAUCAACUUCUGUAGAAUGGCAAAACAGUGACAUAUAACCUUACUUGCUUAUUGUAUUUUGUAUAUUUCCUCUUCAAAGUCUUCCAUACUGUACACUCUGCACUGUUAAUAGUAACCUAUGACAUAAUUGUAAAUAUUUAGCAUUAUAACUUUUAUAUUUAAAAUAUCUCCUUUUAAAAUAAAAUUGUUGGCUAGAUAUGUUUUCCUGAACACAGAAAAAAAAUGCAAAGUAGCUUUGAAGCACACUAUGAAAUCCGGACGGCAUAGAUGUUAACAGAAUCAUUCGUAUCAGUACAUGCUUCCUUGCCAUCCAAAGCCAAUGUUAUCAAAGUAUGAUCAGGUGAAAGAAAUGAGUCAUCUAGCCUAGUGCUAAAUAAAUUUACAGUGCAGCCAUCAGCAUCUUAAGUAUUACAUACAUAUAAGCCUAGAGUGGACAAAGUACCAGGAAGGAUUUUACAGCAUCCACAUGCAGGAUGCCUCCAGUUUUAUGAUCUGUUCUUCCAUCUGAAAGGCUGGUUAGAGAACAGGCCCGAGGCCUUGCUAAGUGACUCACAAGUCCCCUAUUGUUAAUGCUGUAAGGUUAUAAGUCAUUAGGCACUUGGGAUUUGUAUUGGUAAGCACAUUGUAUUAGUCAUUCAUGAGCAAAACUGAGCCAGAACUUGUUUAGGAAACUUCUAUCAAGAGGUCCAAUAGAAUUUAACAAGGUGAAGGAUAAAUGUUUUAGUUUUAAUGGAUCUCAAAAAAAGCAAGUACAUUCACUAUUUUAUGCUACAAGGAUGGUAUGUGGCAUCUAGUAGCAUCAAUAAAGGUUCAAUCCCAACUCAGAACAUCUACCCGCCCUCACACCUGGUCAUGAGGGCUUUAGAGGAAUCAAACUGACCCAAGUUGUCAUCCUAAUAUUUUAAAGAGCAUAUUUACCAUUUCUAAUUCUAAAAGUUAUUUCUUUUAUACACAUGCAUUGUGUUUAGAGCAUUUAAUUUUUUUUUUUAAAGCCAAUGAACAAGUAAAGAACAUUAUUCACUGCUCUCACUUUCCUGGGAUGUAUAGCAACUAGGCAGACAUGACACGCAUAUCCAAAAGCAAUGGAAAUGGAAAAAUAUGCAUUAAGAUAGCCAUGCUCACCCCACUGGUCAAUCAAGGAAGGAAAUCUUCACUGAAGCAGAAGUUUCAAGCUGGACUUUAACAAAAAGAUGAGCAUGGCUGUGUAGGCAAAAAUUUAAGGCAAUAGUUUAUUCUCAUAACAAACUUAAUCUACAUGAAAAACAUGCUUCACAAUGGCAAAUACACUUUAAAUGUCAAGACUUUAGAAUCUUCUCCCAAAUGAGUUCCUUAAAGGCAGAGUAGAUAUCAUGAUUUUACAAUCCUCUUAGGACAUACCUUGAAGAAACAGCACAUACCUCUGAGCAUUUACUGACAAGAUAAAAACACAGCAAUACACCUGAAUUCCAAGUUAGUUACACAGCCUCAGGGCCCUUCAAGUACAGUUAUGGGGUACAACCUAAAAGUUCCAGUAGGGUUUGUAGAAUCCCUCCCAGGACAGAACCAGAUCUCUAGCAAAGUAAACAAAAAACGUGUUUAUUUUGCCCUAAAACCUAUUGGUUUGAACUAAUGGGUUGAUUCUGGAAGAUAAGAAGGUCUGGCAAUUACCUUACAGCCGCACACAACCUCUAGUAACAACAGAGGCCUCUCCGUGAAAUUCUAUUCAUAAUAGAUAUGGUCAGCAUUCAGAGGUAAACAAGUUGGGAAUUCAAGUUCUGACUCUUCAACUGCCAAAGAUGUUUCAUACAAAUGCUUAAUAAAGAAUAUAGUUAGUUUUUAUCCAGUCAUUUGCAAAUUAAAGAGUGUAAUGUACCAACAUAAUAUUUUACUGCACAAGAUGGCAAUCUUAAAAAGAAUUUGUACAUGUAUUAUGUGGAACAUUUUUAUCCCUAAUUUAUAUUUUGCAAGAUAUCUGACAAUGUACAAAGAAUGCCCAGUUCUGGGUGGUGAAUGUUUCGUAUUAUAAUUUAUUUACAAAGUUUCACCACAUAAUAGUUACUACCUUUAAAAAUAAAUCAGCAUUGGUCCUAUAUAAAAUAGGCCAUUAGGAAAAAUUCUUAGGCCUAUAAAAGUUAACUAAAACCUGACUCCAAUCAUUUUGAAGCACAAUCAUUAUAUUGACAGGGGACAAUGGCAGACCCAAACAGUCCUAUUAACCUCUAUAAGAGGUGUACAUUACCAACUGCUCAUAUCCUUGUAGCUGACCACUGUUUAUUUACAAUGGAAUCCCUAGGCUGUUCCAUUUUGCUAAAACAUGGUUCCUUUGGGGGGGAGGGGGCGGAGGGGAAGGCAUUCUAGACCCGCCAGACUGGUCAGCAAGAUGAGUAGAAAGUGGCUGAAAGAGUGAAAAGUUUCAUUUCUUUGAACUUUUUCCUUUUCCUUUUCUGGACUCCUUAUCUUUUUCUGAUUUUGAAGGCUUGGAAGAUUUUGUCUUUUUCUGUGGGGAGGGAAAUACACAAAAAUAGUUAAUUGCUAUGUUUAUAAGUAAAUUAAGUUUAUGUCUAUAAUAAAAUCUUUUCCUGCAACUUAAUAAAGAAGAAUGGUUGCAAACAUCCAUUUGAACUAUUGUUACCCUGAUGGGCUUUGCUUUCAAGCAACAACUGGGCUAGUUAUAGCCUUUGAAAGGCAGUAAAAAACUGAGA